AUGCCGAUUGAAAAUACACAUGAUACCGGAGAACAACGUUCCAGCCCGCCAGCGGUUGGCACAACAUUGAUGACAAUCCCCAAUGAAAUCCUUGAGAAGAUUUUUAUAAAGAUUGCCUUAGAUGCUGCCGCGGUUUGGUCGCACAUCUUUCUUCCUUUCAAUACCAACCCCAAGGGCAUCCUGACGCUCAUGCUGGUAUGCCAAAAGUGGCACAGGAUCGCCGAACCCAUACUUUACCGCCGGCAACAAUACAUUGCCAAACCUCCAAUCACUUCAGAGCAUGCGGGGAGUUUGCUCCAUCUCCUGGAUCGAAAGCCGUAUCUGGCAGGUUAUAUUCGAGAACUCUCCAUUGACGCCCGGCCGGACAACUUCGAUGAGGCCGUGCUGAAGAUUUUGCAUCAUUGCAAAAGGCUCACACUUCUACACCUUGAUGGGCAGCUCUCCGCCCCUCCGAGCGCAGUUCCAGCGGCGAUCCAAAGUCUUCCUCUAAAAUCCCUUUCCAUCACGACGGUGGAAUCCAGUCUGUUGAGAGACGGGUUCUUCAAUUUCCUCCUCGGUCUACGAUACUUGGAAAAUCUGAAAAUCGGCGAUUGGGCCUCGCCAUACCCAACUACAGAUUUGAAGCGGCUCCCAGCAGAUUUUCGAAGACAGAGCAACAUCAAAACUUUACAACUCAAAGAACCGAAUACCUACCCCACGCUCACGGAAGACUGUCUUGCUUUGUCAGCUGCUCUAGAAGAGGUUAUACUUACAGGUUUUGAGUUUUCAAGGUCCAGUUGGUAUUACUCCUCUGAUCAAAUUCAAGCAUUGCUUCUGCCCCAUUGUGAUUCUCUCCGGCGAGUUGAGCUUUCAAGCAUACUAAAGGGGGAUUCAACUCCCUGUCCUUUGCCAGACUUCAGCGUCUUCCCCCGUCUCGAACAACUUUCCCUUUGUCCUUAUCACGUUUUCUAUCAUGAGAAGCCAACUGAUCUGUAUCGCAAGCUGGCUGCUCCAAAUCUUCAACUGCUUAUUCUUCAUUUUCACCCUGAAUCAACUCAUUAUGUAGGUGCUGAUGUAUUUGGUGAAGCGCAGAUUGACUGGCUAGAAGAAUUUGCUUCAGUUCAUUCUCAGACUUGUCUGGCUGCAAAUUUCCGUGAAUUGCACAUUAUCUUUUUUCCUUCUGUUGAAGAUUCAGAGGAUCUCAGCUGGCCAUGGGACCGUCUGGACAGGGCAGCUGAGAUUGUUUCCAGGCAUGGGAUAAAACUAAUUUAUUCUGAACCACCUACCAGCAGGGCAGAAUGGGAGACUGAGGCUGAGGCUAUGGCUAAGGUUUUGAAGGAGGGAGCAGCCAGGAGAAAGCUCAGAGAACAACAGAGGGAGUAA